UCCUGGGUGAUGGGCUUACUGAGCACUCAUGAGCACAGCGCAAAUCCUCAGACUGGAGACACCGUCUGCCCGCGCUGCUCCAAACACAACGUAGCCUCCACAGAGCCAGCAGCUUGGAGAAAGUCGUCCUCUAUAAACGCCUGAACAGACACCAUGACCGAAGGUUCACCAAUGGGAGCCAUACAGGUUUCUUUCUGGGGCUAUGAACGGGCUACGUACCAUUACCACUCAGAUCUCGACAGCACACGUUAAGGCCAAACGUGCUUCCCCUUCCGCCGUGCCAUUGCUGGAGCCAGCAGAACCAUGGGCAGCGUGAGCAGCUUGAUCUCGGGUCACAGCCUCCACAGCAAGCACUGCCGGGCUACGGAGUACAAGCUGAGGAAGACCCCCCAGGCGAAGAAGACGCGCCGGGAUGCCGACGGAUUGCUGCGCUACGGAUUUGCUCAGGACUCGGCCAACAACAAUACCAAAGCGGUCUCCCAAGCGGGCAGGAGCGAGGACUUCUUCUAUAUCAAGGUGAGCCACAAGCCCAGAGCCGCCCCCAAAUGCCAGGGUGCGAGGCCCACUAUAGUGGCAGAAGACCCAAAGGGACCAGCGGGCACGGAGCCUGGCAACAUCACGCCCCCCAGACUGGUGCCAUUUUCUGGGAAGCUCGAGAAGGGCACUGAAAAGGGAUUGAUACGGCCUACAGCAUUUAAACCAGUGAUUCCAAGGAACAGCAAUUCUACAGAAAGCCAUAACAACUUGAAUCAUAUCAUAAGCAAAAGGCUGAGCCCCGCUGAAACCGCAAAUGGGCCGGAGCCAAAGCCAGAUAACAACUCUGGUACUUUAUCGGACUCGGGGCGCAACUCCAUGUCCAGUCUUCCAACCCACAGCACCAGCGGGAGCUGUCAGAUAGACAACAUUAGCAGUUGCCCGCAGGGCCCGCAGAUUAGAUGCGGGGUCUCGGCUCAGAACACCAGCCCGUCGCAGAACGGCGGCAGCAGUGGCCGUGCACACAGCUGCAGCGUGGCCAACAACAAGGCCGCACCCUCCUCGGAGACCGGGCCGAGGCCGCAGGGCCGAGACGGCACCCCGCCCGAACAGGCCGCCUUUUCGGACAGCGCCGCCUGCGUGCGGUCGCCCAUCUCCACGGACGAGACGCUCAUACAGCAGCUGGAGCAGAGGCUGCUCGAGAGGGAGACGGAGCUGCAGGAGCUGCAGGUCAGCUUCGAGGAGAAAGAGGUGGACACCUGCCAGCUCUUUGAGGAGAAGCAGAAGUACUGCAAGGAGGAGAUGGAGGGGUUGAAGCAGAGGUGUUCCACCAAGCUGCGGCAGGUCUCCCAGAGGGCAGUGAGGGCACAGCAGACCCUGCAGCUGCAGGUCCUCCAGCUCCAGCAGGAGAAGAAGCAGCUGCAGGACGACGUGAUGCACUUGACGCAGGAGAGAGACUUGCUGGAGGUCAAGCUCAAAUCCUACGAGAAGGAGCAGACCCAGCUGGCUCCAACUCUGGAGGAAACGCAGUGGGAAGUAUGCCAAAAAUCUGGAGAGAUCUCUUUGCUAAAACAGCAGCUGAAGGAAUCUCAGGGAGACGUUUCUCACAAACUGAAUGAAAUAGUUAACCUGAAAGCCAUCCUGAGGGAAACCAAAAGCAAGAUGGAAGCUUUAGAGCAGAAGAUCAAGGAGCUGGAGGAGACUGUCCGUGCACGAACUGUGGAGGUGGAGGUCUGCGAGAACGAGCUGCAGCGCAAGAAGAACGAGGCAGACCUGCUGAGGGAGAAGGUGGGCCAGCUGGAGACAGACAUCAGGAACAUGAAGCAGGACCUGGCUCUGGCCAAGGAGGAGCAGCAGAGAAGGAAAUCCGAGGCCAGCGUCCGGGGGCUGGCCGGACAGAGCAGAGGCAGGGGCCAGAAGGGAGGACCAGAGGACACAGAGGCCCUUCAGAGAGAGGUGGAGAAACUGAGGGCGGAGCUGAGAGAGGAGAAGCAGAAGAAGGAGAGAAUGGCAAGCAGUUUCCAGCUGGAGAGACUAACCUGGAACAGGGAGAAAGAGAAAGUCAUCAGAUACCAGAAGCAGCUGCAGCACAAUUACCUGCAGAUGUACAAGAAGAAUCAGGACUUGGAGAAAAUCCUGAAAGAGCUCACCGUCGAGCUGGAGAGUCGGACAGACCUAGACAUGGACAUCCAAAGCGCAGACAUUCACUACGAGGACAUCAUAGCCACUGAGAUAUGAUCUCCCAGGAUGCUGCAAGACCUGGUCUCAGAAAAUAAUGGAAAAAGCACAUUCUCCAACCCUAGAGGUCUGUUUUCCCCGUGGUGCACUUCAGGAAAUGUCUUUAUCCUUUACCAAGGAUUUUGGGCUAUCUUUGUUACAUAAACUUUGCCCUUUGAUAUCUGCAGUGAUAUUUUCCAUAGUAGUUUGGAGUCGCAACUGCUUGAGGUUUAUAUUGAUAUCCACUGGGUAUUUAUUGGCUAAAAAAUAGUACCAAAAUACUAUACCUCUCCAUGCGCUGGUACAUCUCUUCAGUGCAUCAGCGCAUCUAAUUUAAUGGAUUUAUCCCCAAAUAAGUUGCUGUAUAGAUGUUUCACCUACUAGAAUUAUGACCUAAAUAUUCUUAUUGCAUGACUCAGAACUUGCACAGAAGUGGUGCUAUUAGGUAACAGAAAAUGAUGCAAUUUAUGUUCAAAGAUUGGUAAUCCCGAAGACCAGACGUGCAAUAACGCUGAACCACCUUCAGUUGUCAAAGCAAGUUGCUUACCCGCGCAGUUUUCACAGUCAUUGAGAGGGUUUUCAGUGGCCUUCAACAAAGAGCAAAAAGGUGUCUUGUUCUGAAAUACAGGAACCUUCACCAACAGAGCAGACACAGAUCUACUUUGAUUUUAUCAGUCCUGUCACAUCAAGGUGCCUCAUCCACCCCUCUGUUGAGGAAACUUCCCUUGGGAAUUAAAAGCGUCAGUAUUUCCAUGCACUGACCCCAGUGCAUGCCAUGAACGGUGCCUGAUCCCUAUUAACAAUGUGUGGCCAAAUAAAGCAUCUUCAAUUUUAAGAUUGGAAGUAGUUUAAAAAGGCUGUGACAGGAACCAUAUAUCCCACUAGCAUUAAUUAAAACAGAUCGCAGCUGACUUUUCAUAGAACCAAUGUAUGAACAUCAGCUGCAAGUCAGAUUUGUGUAUCAUGUGGAAGUUUCUGACCUUUACUUUUUUUGUUACCUAUUUCUUAUACCAAAGCAGUUGGAUCCAAUAUUGUAACACUGAGUAGUAGUGGAGGCCUUCGAGAGGUGAAAAGCUCGAAAUGUAUAAGAACUAUACUUCACCUCUGCCAUAUGUUUGAAAAUAAAUGCCUUACUUGGCUUAAAAAUAUAUAUAUAUACUUGCAGCAAAACAAGACCGUUUUUAAAGCAAUAGAUUCCUUUAGCAAUGUUAAAUCAUUCCAUUUUGCUCUCACAAUGCUGACUGUAAAAUAACAGUUACUUAGUUUCUCGCCUCAGAAUCUGUCUUGUGUAUUUAGAGAAGAGAGAAGGAGUGACCUAGUUAGAGCUCCCUCAGUAUUUUAACCCCAAAUGGAGGAUUCAAAAUACAUACAGCUCCACACGAGGGGUCUGAUAAUCAAUAUUCAUAACGUGCUGUCACUGUUUUUUUUUUUACAAAGUCAUUUUCGGCAUCCUUAAGGUGUUAGGUUGGAGAGAUCUGGAAAAGAAUUGUACCUUGUCAAAGCCAGCGUUGUUUGUUUGAAACACAUGCUGUAAAAUAUGAAACAUGAAAGACACAACAGCACUCCACAUCACAGUGCAAAAGUUUUAUAACAUUAUAAGCCGUCUUUUGGGUGAACAAUUUGUUGUUUGUUUCGAAACGCUACAAAAAUAAAAAAAAAGAACUCGAGAAUCAUAUUAUUUUUCUCACCAUUACCAUUAAGUUUUUGUGGAGAGGAACAUACAAAUGCUUUUCUGCACGCUCUUAGCCAGCACAAUUUGACACAAUCAGGUACUCUAAAACAGAUGUUUGGCUGAGGAAUUAUUUUUACAGCAGUCCCUCAAAAUACCCAGCUGAUUAAUGGGUUGCGUGUUUGCCUGUAAAAAGGCUUGGCUUGGUACAAAAGAGGCGAGAUAAUGGAACCUUGACUUUUCAUCAACACUACAGGGGCCUUAAAGGGGCAUUUUGUUAACGAGAUCCCAGUGAUAACCAGCACUGAAUGGCAGUGACAGGAGAUAAAAGCCCUAUUAACAAUACAUGACAGGCUUGUAUCAAUAUUUUACAGGUACUAUGCACAUAGGCCAAUUGGUAGACUUGUCCACACUGCCACCGUUAUUUAGAAGGGAGUCAUUAUCUUCCUUUUGCUGCUUUGUGAGCGGCACUCAUCAGUUUUUUUUAAAAAGCAUUCUCUUGAACUGGGCGCAUCAGAACCUUUUUUGUGUUCACCCAUCUGCCAUUUUAUAGAGUAAUUAAAAAAUCUUUUGGAAUGUGUCUCAGAGAUACAGUAAAUGAACAUAUUUGUUCCUUAAAAAAACAAAAGUUGCAGAUGACAAGACUGACAGUAUAAAGCACUAGUAACUGUAAAGGAAGAUGGUCUAGAAAUGGUUAUUUUUAAAGUACUCAAGUAAAUGCUGAAGCCUGUGAAGGAUUAAAGGUGUAACCGAGUCUCCUUACCGCCAGUCACUUCAUUGGUUAAGUAGAAAAGUAGGGAGAUAAUCUAGCUAAGUAGCUAUUUACUGCCGCAGAAUAUUUUCUGGUCUCUCAGACUUGUGUAAGAGAAGCCUGACAGAUCACAAUGAGAAGGACAACCUAUGUAUUCCCCCAGUUUAUUCCUGAAACUUUGUGUUUGAUUGAGUGCUGCAAACACAGAUACUUCCCAUUUUGGGGGGUUUGGCUUUCUUCUAAACAAAGAAUUGAAGAGAAACAUUCACAAAAACAAGCUGUUACUUAAAGUCAUUACAGACAUGCUUGAGUUGAUUUCUAGACCAUCCACCCUUAUAUGGUUGUGGGGUACAUCUUUUGUAAAAAAUUAAAUACUUAAAGUACUAGGCACAAUCAAUUUGUUUUGGUUUUGGUUUUUGUUCAUCUCAGCUGGCUUGUGUUCUGCAUUACCAUAGGGGUACUAACCAAGUGUUUUUCAUAAAGGGGGAUCAGCCUUAUCAGGGCAAAAAACAGAUCUGUACAUAUUUCGAUUGGCUCUUUCUUGCCAAGGCAGGAAUAAAAUGCACUUCAGUUGUUUCCCAUUGGGCAGCUAAAUAUGCCCAAAUGAAGCUGGUGCCUUUUCUUUUUCUCAGUAGACACAUUGACAAAACAAAGACUCUAGAAAUCAGGCUUGGUCAUCUGCAGUUUGACUUUUUGACGAAUAAGAACUCAGUUGUCACAUUUUCACAAUACCAUGAAAAUAAAAAGAAAGUGCA